AAAGGUAGAUUUGGUUUGGAUCCAUAUGGAUUUGGUUGACAAAACAGAUGGGAAUCUGUAUCUGUACACAUCCCUUCUUUCUCCGGCAAUGUAUCCUCCAAGUGUCGUGGAACAAAAUGUCAUCUGUCAACUAUAUCAAAACACGCAAUUGACGGCGUGACCGUUGCGUUAGUAAUGUCUCUAUCAUCAUCACCAUAUGACGCAUGCGGCCCCUUCGCCCAUCCCGUUGCUUAACACAUACAUGCGCGUACCAAAGCAUGCACGCUCUGUGGUGUAACCCCUCCCUUCCCCUGCAUUGGUAAAGUAUAAAAAACACCUCAGUCGGAGUUUAAUACAGACCAAAAUCAGCAACCCGCAGAGAGAAAACUGAUCAAAGAAGAGCGAACAAAACCUCGGCUGCUGUGAGAAACCACCUGCUGUCCAGACCUUUGCUUGCAACCUUCAAAGUCAUUUCAAAAUGGUCAUGAUGUUGAAACCAUGGACGUUGCUUGCAGCUGUGGUGUUGUGUGUCUUGGUGUGUCUGGGAACACUGGCAGAUGCCUACCCACCCAAACCUGAGAAUCCUGGUGAAGAUGCCCCACCUGAAGAGUUGGCCAAGUACUACACAGCCCUUAGACACUACAUCAAUCUGAUCACCAGGCAGAGGUAUGGAAAGCGUUCGGCUCAGGAGGAUGUGGUUGCAGAGCUGUUGUUUGGUGGUGACAGCAACAGAGGCCAGAGAUCAAGAUAUGAUGACUCCUACAUGUGGUGACUCAGCCACCUUUCCCCCACGUCAUAAGGCAUUCCCUCUGGACGCAUCCAACAAUGCACCUCACACCUCUGACCCUUGAGCCCCAGUCCUACUAGUUACCUUCACGGUUCAGAUAUCAAGUUCUCGCUGUCAUUUUUGUCACUAUCUUACAUCUGUCUCUGUAAAACACUGUUGCAUCUAGUUUAUUAUUGAAGGAAAAUGUAUAAGACUGGAAAUACUAAUCAGCAGGUGUAACUGUGUCUUGGUGUGUGUGUAUUUAUGUCCCUUCAGUGUCUGUUUAGAGGAGGAAAUUCUUGUUUUACUGUGGCUGCUGUAAAAAGCAACAUCAGAUGAAAUCAUUAAAAC